CUUCCGACAGCUCGGAACCACCGGGGAAUAGUCUGCUGUCACUUAGAGCAGCAGUCAGUUUCGGGGACCUUUUAGGCGGCAGGAGAAGAGAGAGAAAGGAUACAAGAGGCUCCCAGCCCAGCUGCUCCAAGUGUGACUAGGAUACCUUUGCGCGGCUAGGCAUUUCAAGUAUGGGGUGUGGAUUUCAAAGCUCAUGAGUGAAGGAAAGUAGAAACAAUCAUACAGCUGGUUUCCGUGUCCUGCCAGGUAUGUGUGAAGUUCGAGUGAAAAUCCAUUGGCCCUAAUUAAUUGUGAAACUACGGAAAAUGCGUUUACCACCGCCCAUUUUCAGGGUGGGGAAAAUGAGUUGUGCAAAUUGUGACAUCGGUUAGCGUUGUUGUUGGAAAUGCAGUCUAGAGCUAGGGGGUUGUCUGCUGAGCACUUGUGAUACAGAUCAAUGGAACAUCGAAGAAGAUUUUAGUCGUCAGUAUGAGGCCAAUUUUGCACGCAUCCUUUGCUGCGAAAAAAAUAAGUGGGUGCAGCUGUAAAAAUUUCAACCCUUAGGUGCGUUUUCCGGAUUCGUGCUAUAUUUUCAAGAAAAGGAUACUUAAAGCAUGUUUCAACUGCAGUUCGAGAGAAAGAAAUAAGUGUAAAAUGAUCUUUAGUUCGCUUGUGAAUUUCCUCACCCGAAUGGGAAAUAUGCAGUGAUCUUAAUUAUGUUAAUUAGACGUUCCGAACCGUAUUACGAUUUCUAGAGACUACGAAUUAAUACAUCUGUAGAACCGCCCUCGUGUUUAAGUGAACCCAGACAACGCUUUUAGUGAAAUAGCGAAAACGAGUGAUGAACUCGCCCUAAAAAUUUGCAAGAUGCUCCUUCGAAAGGCCAAAGGGAUUAGCAGAAAAAAGAGAAGAACGGCUGGCAGAAGCGUCCAGACGAAUACAGUGUGCGUGAAAAAGAAGUUGUGAAAGGAAUGUAGUCGAGUCGGGAAAUGUGAACUAAUUCAGGGAUGCCAGUUCUAUGUUUACAAUCGCGUUCAUCAGAAUGGGAGAAUUUUAAAAAAUGAUGACCUUGGAAACGAUUUAUUAUGUGAACCGGAAUCACCAACUUGAAAGAAAUAUACGAACAUGUUGUGGGUCGAGACGAUUAUGCGGACAAGAAAGAAAAGUCUAUGUGCCUGGCUGGAAUGAAAUUGGACGGCGAUGAAUGAGACGUGAUAGGAGAUAAACGUUUAAAUCCUCAAACAUUUCGAGGAAAAUUAAAGAAGGCAAGAUAUAACUUUGCAUCACUUCGGCCUGACAGAAGGAUCCCCUGGCAACGGAAAGAUUUAUUCGAUCCAUGAAGGGUCUCAUCUGGGUGAGGCGGGAGGUGAAUACUAAUAAAUGGCAAGAAAAGAAAAGUGAAGUGAAAAUCUGUGAAAACACAAGGCCGGAAGCAGGUCCAGAAUGAACGCCAGUGCGGUGGCGGAAGAGUCGUUAGUGAAAAUGAGCAUCUUAAAUGAGGGAUAAACACCGUGACACGGUUUAGUGAACAGGGAGAACCAAGAGUGGAAGGGCCUGGAAAGAAAUUUGGAUUUUUGUGGUGCAGAUACGCAUAACCAAUUGUGAUCCAUUAGUUACUACAGGGACGGAAACUUCAGAAACGGGGAUUAUGGCAGAUUUGCAGGCGACGAUUGAAUUUGCUGUGGAGCUGUACAAGUUCUACAAUGUUGAUCUGUUCCAGAGAGGAUUAUAUCAAGUUCGAUGUUCAUUGAGAGUAUCACCCCGGUUGCCGGUACAGGUGGAGACCUGUCUGCCGGAUGCAACGACCACGGGAGUGCCUUUAUCUGCGAAUAAUGCCUCGGCCUCGGCUCCCCCCAGCAGUAGUAGUGGAGGUGCAAGCGGCGGUAGUGGUGCUAGUGGAACGGCAAUCGGAUGUACCGCCAAUGGUACUGGCGGCAAUAAUGGACAGCCGGGAUCUGCAUCCAGUAGUGCCAACACACCGAAUUCCACUAAUUCUUCAAAUGCUUGCAAUGCAGGAAAUACCAGUAGUAGUGGCAUAGGCGGCAGCAGCACCGGAGGUCAAAGCGGAUCCCCAACGACUACGGCAGGCACGACAGGCUCCAACGCUACCAUCAUCGACGACUGUGGCGCCUCACGUGUUUUCCAGAUUCUGUAUCGCAACGAGGAAGUGUCGCUGCGAGAUGUUAUUAUGUUCCGGGCACAUUUACUAGUUGACAGCCGACAUCUGAAGGAAUCCAUAGAAAGGGCGGAGUUCUCGCUCAAUCUCGAACUAUGGUUCGGCGAGCAAACGACGGGAAAUGUGCUGAGCCUGGCAUCGACCCGGACCCUGCAGCUCAAUUUUCAUCCAGGCCGGGGCUUGCAUUACCAUUUGCCGGUGCUGUUCGAUUACUUUCAUUUAGCAGCGGUCAGCGUGGGAAUCCAUGCCAGCCUGGUAGCACUUCAUCAACCCUACAUCAAUGCCCCAAAGACGGCAAAACCCUGGAUCGGUGGGUCGAAGUUGAACUGCCGGGGUGGAAACUCCCCCGGGCCUCUGGAGGCCAUCUUCUUCGGACCGCAAGUUGGAGGAGGUGCCAAGUGCGGCGGUGGAUCAGCUGGUCGCCUGUUGCACGCUCGAAAUGUCCAUAAGGAAAUCUGUGCCUUGCUGCUGGGAGCACUGGAAUCGCUGAGGCUAUCGUUACAGGAAUUUUGCACCGUACUGCCGCAUCAAUGGGCAGCGCUGACGGGUUCGACACCCUUGUCCAACCUGGACACCGAACAAAGACUGAAAAAGUUGGCCGAUUCGGCAAAGCUGAUGGAUACCGAAGACGAUCUAGCCGCACGAGCCAAUUCCGAUAUAGCUCAACUGUGUGCAGAAUGCAUACUUUAUUGGAGGCGAGUACUUUCGGCAGCCAACCAACCCUCGGUACAUAGCCUAUUGGCUAAGAAGCAUCACACACUGCGCGUUCGUCGUUUUGCUGAAGGUUUUUUCGUUAUUGAAAAUCCGAGACACGCUGCUAGUGGAUGCUACGAUUCCAACUACCAAAACUAUGUAACCAUAUGUGAAAUGGCACGGAGAUCCAGAUAUCUUUCAUCACUGCCUCCCUUACCGGUACAUUGCACUGCAUUAGACGGAGACGCCAAUUCGCUGCCAUUGAUCUUUGAAGACCGUUAUACGGAUUCGAAGGACUAUAGCAAGCGACGAUCCGGUAGCGAACCCCAUUUAAACGGUCACAGUGGAACAUUAGGAAAGAUGAAAAACCACCAUCAUCCAAACAAAAUUGCACCCAUUAUUAACAACAAGGAAUGUUCCUGUGGAAUUGCAUCAUGCUACAUUGAGCCAAUCCCAAAAAUUUGUAAUAAUUACAUGGGACUAAUGACAACACGGUACGCAUUAGGAGGUGAUAUUCUGCAAGCAAGUUUGACGAUAACCCCAGCAGCAGCGGCGUCACAGAAUGGAAUUUGUUCUAAAACUCUUUCUAGGCAUUCAGUUUCUACGCUUUUAGAGCCUGAAUGUCAAUGGGAUCAGUUUAAAGCAGUAUACGCCCCAGGAACGACUAUUACGGGUGGCACUCUUCCUACGCGACAUAGUAAAUCGUUGGAUCAGCUCGAAAUCCAGAACAACACUUCAUCACUUCCCCGACAACACGUCCAUAAUGUCAAUUACGAUAAUUUUAAUCAAAAACAAAUCAUAUACCAUCAACCAGGUAAUGCUAUUAUACAGGCAAUCCCAUCAAAGCCUAAGAAGAACCCCGUUCAAGCUGAAGACCUUCUAAAGAACAUAAACGAAUUCAGAGAAAAAUACAAGAAUCCAGGAGAUCCUCGUAAAACAACCAAUUCAAAUAGUUCCAACAGCACCAGCAUAUACGAAGUAAAGGACGUAACACACCACCCAUCAACCAAUGUACAAACUUUGAACAGGAUGCCCAAACAGAUUAACGGCUAUGCCGUGCCCAGAACAGACUACAUCCAUGAAGUAAAGCACCACAAUCAAACACCAAUGAAGCAUGAAUCAAACGGCCAGCAAGCGCAUCAGCUGCAGUCUUGCUAUUACAACUCUCUACCGAAAAACGCAAGCAUGGGUCUUUCAAUUCCACCAAGAAAUUCGUAUCCACCGAUCCGUAGUAAAAAGCAACAAUCUACUGGAUCACUCAACACCACAACCGAUUCGAACACGAUUCCCCGUAGCAACUCAUCCCAAAUGUUGAGAAUGCAAAACGGUACUCCCAACAUAAAUAGUAAUACAUUACCACAUCGACCUGUGGAGUUUGCUCGGAUAAGAGUUUCCGAUUUCAAACAGAUGGUCAACAAUCAACGACGAAACAGUAAAGGAGCAAACGGAACCAACGAAUCAAGCAGUUCGAACAGUCCUGCAAUCACUCCUAAAACUCGCAGCAAACAAAGACGACUUCUUUCGUCGGCCAGCGUUCCCUUCAAAUUGGAAAAUUUAGAACUUGAACAAGCUGGUGGCACCGCUGGUUUCAGUGAAAGUUUACCAAACCUCGCACCUCCGCCAGCCUUUAGCAACUCUCCAAAGCCACCAUUACGUUUAAGGCGGAGGCAUUCGAGUAGUGAAUCAACUUCUUCGUUGAGCGAGCAAUCCGGGUGGGUAUCCAGUAGAAGAAGCACAGGUCCAUCCAGUCCGGAUACACUCAGGAAUGACCAAAAAAUUGUGAAUGGCGAACAGUUGAGAAAAAAGCUACUGAAACUUUUGAAUGAGCAGCCUCGGUUGGUGGAAAGGAAGAACAGUAAUCAAUCGAACAUCAGUGAAUUUCUCGUUCGAAGCAAUCAAAGUUCAAUGAAAUCAAAAUCCAACACUGAUAACAUAAAAAGCUCUGUACAAAUCGAAAACUGGAACAAUCUAGAAAAGGAAUGGAAUGAGCCACGUUCGAUACAAAAGGGUAAUGACGGAAGACGAAAUACUCAACAUUCUACAAUGGAGGGGCGCCACCAGAAAAGAAGUACCAAAAAAGAGAAAUCUAAAUCUGACUUCGAUUUGGCCAAUAUCUCUGACUACGUAUUCGAUGAUCUUCGAUUACUUCCUCCUCAACAGUUCCGUGAUUUGGCUCCACCUCCGCCAGAUGAGUUCAGAGACCCUCCAUCUUUGAUAGAGGAUGUUCAGAAAGAGGUGCCUACUUUAUCUAAAAAGAAUCCUCCACCAAAUGCUGCACCUCAACCUCCGACACCCCAUCAAACGCUGCAAUCACAUCCACCAGUGCAACCACAGCCACAACAGCCUUCAUCUAUUCUAGUUCCCCAGACUCAAGCUCUGCCUUCAAUGAUUGUCCAACAACAGCAAAUCAUUCCACCAGCUCAACAGUAUCAAAUUGUUCCGGUCCAACAAGUCAUUCAACAACCACAGUACAGCAAACCGAUCCAGCCACCUAUAAAUCAGCAUCUUUAUAUCAAAAAAUACGAAGUGCAAGCCAUCGACAACCCACUUUACCACAUCUAUGAGGUAGUAAAAGCUCCACGUCCUGUACUUAAAUCACAAAGUUCCAGCGAAUUGGCCGCAAUGGCCAAAUGUGCAGAAACUCUGAACAAUCCCAAUGCCACCAUCAACAGUAGCAUACCGCAGCAAAACGGUAUCAUGAAACAUCCUCAAGAAAAUCCAAUUCCUCCUGAACGAAAAUCAUCAAUGCGAAAUCUAGAAAGGGUUCAACAAAAGCCGGAGGAAGACGAGACCAAAAAACGGGUUGAUCCACCCAUGCAACUUCUCGAAUUCGAAAAAUGUCGAGAAGAGUUCCGCAAACAAAUAAGCUACUCUGGAUCAAUCUAUUCGGACUAUCAGAAACUAGCAUCCGAGAUGCCGUAUUUCCAUAUCAGCGACGAAUUUCGGCCAUUCUCUACAAACGGGUUGCACCUGGUGAUAUGUGUCCACGGACUUGAUGGGAAUUCAGCGGAUCUAAGGCUAGUGCGAACUUAUCUGGAGCUGGGCCUACCCGGAGCUCAUCUGGAGUUUUUAAUGUCGGAGCGCAACCAGGGCGAUACGUUUUCCGAUUUUGAAACAAUGACCGAUCGCUUGGUAGCCGAAGUACUGUACCACAUCGAAACAUACCAACUGAACCCAACGAGAAUUUCGUUCGUUGCCCAUUCGCUUGGAACAAUCAUCGUUCGAUCAGCUUUGGCAAGGCAACAGAUGCGACCGCUACUGUCGAGACUGCACACUUUUCUGUCGCUAUCAGGACCCCAUCUCGGAACGCUUUAUAACUCCAGUGGACUGGCGAAUAUGGGUAUGUGGUUCAUGCAGAAAUGGAAAAAGAGUGGAUCUCUUCUGCAGCUGUGCCUACGAGAUGCACCCGAUCCUCGGCAGAGCUUCUUGUAUAGAUUGAGCCAACGUACUACCCUGCACCACUUCAAGAACGUUCUCCUAUGUGGAUCGUCACAAGAUCGAUAUGUUCCACCGCAUUCGGCACGACUCGAGUUGUGCAAGGCCGCCGUUAGAGAUCAAUCUAACCUUGGAGUCGUCUAUCGCGAAAUGGUCCAUAACAUCAUUGCACCGAUGUUAGCCAGACAAGAUCUUACGUUGGCCCGUUACGAUGUACAUCACGCUCUCCCGCACACUGCGAAUGCCCUGAUCGGUAGAGCCGCUCACAUUGCGGUUCUUGACUCGGAAUUGUUUAUUGAAAAGUUUUUACUGGUUGCAGGAUUAAAAUAUUUUAGCUAGCUGAUUGAAUCUCAGGUUGGUGUGAAGAAAAACAAUAUGAGAGAUCAAGAGCGUGGAUUUGGUGUUAUAGUCCACGAAAGAGCAAUACGGAUUAAUAUUCAUGUUUUACUUAACUGUUGAUAGAUUGUUCUCUCAGUGAAUAGGUGGAAACAAUUAAAUGUUUAAAUCAAAAAAGGGAAAUUAUUAUAGGCAGUUGAAAACAAAAUUUUGACUUUCUAACGUAAUGAAAACCCCAAGUAAUGGAAC